UGGUGCUUUACCUAAUACAACAUUAGAUGUCGGAGAACAAAAAGUAGGCGAAGCUUCAGCGAGUCACCGUUAUAGCUCGCCACUCGUGACCUUGUCUCUACUACAUUUCCUCUCGUUCGACCAUAUCCAGGCUUAUUACUUUUUUAUUACAGGACAACACUUCGAAGGGUUUCAUUUAAAGCUCAGGAUUCAACUUCCAUGUCUCCGCAGACACAUGGGGUUGUUUUGUUUCUCUCUUUUAGAAUAGUCAACUUUGCAGUCAAACUUCCCACCCUAUUCAGAGUAUAAUUGAGCUUUCCAUUCUUUAUAUACACCUCAAACACCCGUUUUCCAUUUCCCAUUUCCUUUAGCCAUAAACCCAGAAUUCAUAUCGAGAUGAAAAGAGGAAGAGAUAGUGUAGAGAUUCAGGGUUUCAACAUUGCAAAAUGUCUGAUGCUGCUAUCUCAAGGCCUAGAAACUGAGCAAAAACACCAUUCGGCCAGCGAGGUGUUCGAGUGCAAAACUUGUCACCGGAGCUUCCCGUCGUUCCAGGCAUUGGGGGGUCACCGAGCAAGCCACAAGAGACCCAAAUUGGUGGGGGACAAACCAAACAAAACAACGCAUUUCCUUAGUUUAUCAUCCACCGAGUCCAAGGCUCAUGAGUGCUCCAUUUGCGGUAAAGUGUUUUCAAUGGGACAAGCUUUGGGUGGUCAUAUGAGGAGGCAUCGGAUCACCAUGAACGAAUGCUUCUCGCCGUUUCCGCUCGCUUUGACGGUGCCGGUGUUGAAGAGAUCAAAUAGCAAUCGGAGGGUUGUUUGCUUGGACCUGAAUUUGACGCCGUUGGAGAAUGAUUUGCAAGUUUUGUUUGGGAACAAGGCUCCCAAGGUUGAUCUUUGCAUUUGAUACAACAUGUGAAUGUUUUUAUUU